AUGACCCUGACACUUCUCCUGGCCCUUGCCCUCUGGGCCGGGUGCUCACCCUGCGGAGGAUGGAAGGGGGACCCAGCAGCUCCGACCCAGCCCAGAGUGCAGUGCCGAGCCUCUAGGUACCCGAUCGCUGUGGAUUGCUCCUGGUCCCUGCCGCCAGCUCCAAACUCCACCAAAUCCACAUCCUUCAUUGCCACAUACAGGCUUGGCAUGGCUGCCCAGGGCGAGAGCCACCCCUGCCUGCAGCCGACACCAGAGGCCACCAGCUGUGCCAUCCCGGACAUCCAGCUGUUCUCCCUGGUGCCCUAUGUGCUCAACGUCACGGCCAUCCACUCCCGGGGCAGCAGCAGCAGCUUCAUGCCCUUCGUCCCAGAGCACAUCAUUAAACCUGACCCUCCAGAAGGUGUGCACCUGAGCCCCCUCCCUGGGCAGCGGCUGCAGGUGCAGUGGGAGCCCCCCCGGUCCUGGCCCUUCCCGGAGAUCUUCUCCCUCAAGUACAGGAUCCGCUACAAGCGUCACGGAGCUGCCCGCUUCCGCCAGGUGGGGCCCAUUGAAGCUACGUACUUCACCCUCAGGGCUGUGCGGCCUCAUGCAAGGUACUGCAUCCAGGUGGCUGCUCAGGACCUCAUGGACUAUGGCGAAUCAAGUGACUGGAGUCUUCCUGCCACUACCCCCCUGACCCUGGGCAAGUAGUGGGGGCUUCCCCAUGCCCCAGUAGAAGAGCCGGGUCCUUGACACCCACCCACCCCAUACCACCCACUUUAGGGCAUAUGCUAUCCGCCUUGCCUUGGUUUGAGUCCUGGCUUUGCUGCUGCCAAGAUGCUGAGCAACCUUGAAUGACUGAUUUUGCCUCUGUGAGCCUCAGUUUCCCACUCUGUGAAAUGGUGAUGUACUGUCUCCUUUAACCGCAGUGCAGGGCUUAGUGGACUG